CCAACACAAUUUUGGAGGGAGAAGAGUAGAGAACUCCACAUACACUUCUUACUCCUAUGCCAAAGCAGCAAUAUUGGAGCUAAAACUGAGAAAUCCGACAACCUUAUCAUGGUGAUGGACGUCACCAAUUGGGACGAAGACGCAUACAGAAACACCAUUCUUCAGGAGAGAGAAACUCAUUGCCGCACUGUUUUCCGAUCCAUCUUCGCUCCUUCCGUCAACCCUAACCCUAAUUCUAACCCCGACAUUGUCGUUGCUGCUUCCAGUGAUGGUUCUGUCGCCGCUUAUUCUCUCUCCUCAAUACUCUCUUCCGCUGAAUUGCGACAUGGCAUUUUGAUCCCCGGACAAGUGCUUGCUGCUGAACCUAAUUUCUUUCUUCAAGCGCAUGAGGGGCCUGCUUAUGAUGUUAAAUUUUACGGCGAUGAUGCCGAUUCGUUGUUGUUGAGCUGUGGAGAUGAUGGUCGGAUACGAGGGUGGAAAUGGAAGGAGCUUGAGGAGGCCGAGACACCUAUACACGAACAAGGCUCCCAUGUAAAACCAGUCAUUGAUUUGAUAAAUCCGCAACACAGGGGUCCAUGGUAUGCUAUGCCUCCAAUCUCUGAGAACAAUGCAAUUGCUGUUGACCACCAGGGAGGAUCCAUAUAUGCAGCUGCUGGUGAUUCUUGUGCAUACUGUUGGGAUGUGGAGACGAGUAAGAUUAAGACAGUGUUUAAGGGACAUUUGGACUAUCUGCAUUGCAUUGUUGCUCGCAAAAGCAGCAAUCAGAUCAUAACUGGUUCGGAGGAUGGUACGGCAAGAAUAUGGGAUUGUCGGAGUGGAAAGUGUGUUCAGGUGAUAUCUCCUGAGCGAGAUAAGAGCCUAAAGGAAGUUUCAUGUGUCAGUUGCAUUACUCUCGAUGCAAGUGAGAGUUGGCUGGCUUGUGGUAGCGGACAGAAUUUAUUUGUAUGGAAUUUUUUGGCUUCGGAACAAAUAUCAAGGAUCCAUACUCCUACAACUUGCCAAGAUGUAGUAUUUGAUGACAAUCAUAUUUUAGCAGUUGGAGCUUCAUCAAUGCUAAGUCGAAUGGACAUGAAUGGCAAGAUUUUAUCUCAAAUAAGAUGUGCUCCUGAGUCAGCAUUUUCCGUCUCCUUACAUCGGUCGGGUGUUAUAGCUGUUGCUGGUUACGCAGGUCUGGUUGAUGUGAUAUCGCAGUUUGGAAGCCAUUUGUGCACAUUCCGAUGCACAUCUGUAUGAGUUUUUCACUUUGAUUUAAUCGUUUUCAUGAUUUAGUUGCUUCAAAUUUCAUUGAGCUUUGUAAAUUUGUCUAACGGGGAAGCAGAAGUUUGAUUGAGUUUAAUCUUAAAAAGUAGAUUACUGACCAUCCCUCUUUUGGAGAUACAUGUCAUUUUGUUAAUUGAGCUCAAUCUGAUUUUUUUGUUAUAAAUUUUGUUGCAUACAAAUAAAUUUAUAGUUAUUGGAUUCA